UUUGUUGAUCGCUCAGGAUCGGUGUUCACAUGCAUGUUUAGGCGUCAUCAUCCUUCUCUCGGGGUUGAGGUGUUUUUGUUUUUUACCUGGCUGUGAAAGGGCAGCAGUUGGAGGAGCUUUCACAGGACCUCUGGACUUAUUCACCUGCUAUAAGAUGUCACGAUACUGAUAUUCUCCUUCUGAUGGAUUUUUCUUUACUAGCAGCUUGUAAGGCGUGUGAGUCAAGGGUAUGCUCACAGAAAGGGAAUGCUAGGGAGUCUGUGUGUGUGAUAGCCUGGACAGUGAAGUGUGAGGAUAAAGUGUUCCUUGAGGUUAACCUUACCCCUGCAUUAGUGGCAAGACCACAGUAACUACCUCCAGAUGUUUGAGAGCACAAUCUGAUCAUUUACAACAAAAGCCAAUGAACAUCGCCCUCUUCGCACUAUAUGCUUACUCUUUGCUCCUUCGUCAGCUCAAGUUAAUGCUUAAUCCUAGGACCUACCCUUUAUUUCGAAGGCCAGGCCCUGUUUAUGGGAGGGAGGUUAUUUUCAUACAAAGGUCAGUCAUUGCAGACUGGAGGCUCACACGCUCAGGGAUUCAUUAGACUCAUCUCUAACAUCAAGCACCGGGACCUUCAGGAUUGACCAAAGGAAACAGACACCAUGCCGAAAAACUCAUCCAUCUCCAAGUUUUUUGCCACCGCCUUUGUCAUCCUGACUGCCUGUGCCAUUGCUAGCAUCAUCACUAUGGUCAUCUUUUACAAAGUUGAGAUAGCUGGGAUGAACCCAACUCCCCUGCCGACUGUCCCAGUCACCACUCCAGGACCACCACCUGUUAUGCGACUGCCAACAAAUCUAGUACCUGAAAGGUACAAGAUCUUCCUCCAGCCUCACCUCUACACAAAAAUCAUCGAGGAGGUUAAUGUCACCAGUCCAAACCAGACGAUGCUCUUCACAGGAAACUCUACUGUUGACUUCCACUGUGUCCAGGGGACCGACAUCAUCUACCUUCACAGUUUGAACCUGGUAGUUUCUCGGCCAUCAGUGAGGGACGAAGACAAAAAUAAGCUGAUUAAGGUUAUUGAUAUGAAACAACAGAAAAAUGAGACUAAUUUUCUGGAGAUCCACCUGGAGGAUGUCUUAGAAGCUGGUGGAAAUUACAGUUUGUUCCUGGCUUUCGCGGGAGAAAUAUCACCAAACCUCAAUGGCCUGUUUGUAAGCACAUAUAUCGAAGGGCACCCAGCUUAUGAAGGGGAUACCGAUGCUGACAGAUUCCUUGCAGCCACCAAUUUGCAGCCAUCAGAAGCCAGGACAGUGUUUCCGUGUUUUGAUGAGCCAGAAAUGAAGGCUGAGUUUGAUGUGACCAUCAUCCACAGGCAUGGCACCAAAGCUCUAGGAAAUGAAAAACCAGCAGACUCCAAGUUUAUAGACGAUGAAUGGCAGUACACUCGCUUUUAUCCAACCCCGAAGAUGUCCACGUACCUGUUUGCCUUUGCAGUUUCUGAAUUUGAUUCGGUCUCCUCUUACCAUGAUCGAGUGCUCAUUAAAACAUACGCUCGUCCAGAGGCCAUUAGAGCCGGACACGCUAAAUAUGCAGCUGACAUUACUGGAAGGGUUCUGACCUUUUACGAGAAGCGUUUUGGAAUUAAAUACCAACAAAAGAAGUUAGAUCAAAUUGCACUGCCCGACCUGGCUCCUGCAGCCAUGGAAAACUGGGGACUGAUCACAUAUGAGCAGGGAGGCCUGCUGUUUGAGGACGGAGUGUCCUCAGUGUUGCACAAGGAGAUGAUCAUCACUCUCAUAGCACAUGAGCUGGCACACCAGUGGUUUGGAAAUCUGGUGACAAUGAAAUGGUGGAAUGAUAUUUGGCUGAACGAAGGCUUUGCCACCUACAUGUCAUACUUUGCAAUUAACAGUGUUGAACCGACAUUUCAAAUGACAGAAGCAUUUAUCCUGAAUGACCUCCACUCUGCGUUUGAGGCAGAUGCUCUGGAGACAUCUCAUCCUCUCAGUCCUCCACAGGAUGAAGUUCAGGAUGCCUAUCAAAUAGAAAUGAUGUUUGAUGCUAUCACCUACUGUAAGGGGGCCAUUGUGCUGAGAAUGCUGGCAGACAUAGUGGAUCAAAGAGUUUUUGACAAUGCAGUCAAAAGGUACCUGUCUGACUUCAGCUACAGAAACACUGAUCAGAAUGACCUCUGGGAAUACAUGCAGAGGGAAGUAGAUGAGGAUGGUGGUCACACUGAUGUUGCCAAAGUGAUGGACUCUUGGACCAAACAAAUUGGCUAUCCAGUCAUCACUAUCAAUACCACCACUGGAGAAAUUUACCAGAAGCACUUCCUGUUCAAUGACUCUUCUGAAUCAAAUCUUUGGUGGCACAUCCCCAUCAGAGUGAUGUCAAAGACAUCUGAAUCCACUUUUGUGUGGCUGGACACCAGCGACACAGUGAAGAAAGAGCAAUUCCUUUCAAAGAAAGGAGAGUGGAUCCUGGCAAAUGUCAACUGUGCUGGAUACUACAGAGUCAACUAUAACCAAGAGAACUGGGAACGCCUCCUGACUCAGCUGGAGGGAAACAAAGAUAGGAUCCCGCUGAUAAACCGAGGGCAGCUUAUUGAUGAUGCAUUUAACUUGGCAAGAGCCAAACUCGUUGAUGUGACUCUGGCUCUGAAUUCAACCCGCUUCCUACGGAAUGAGACAGAGUACAUUCCAUGGGAAUCAGCAGUCAGGAAUCUCCAGUACUUUGUCCUCAUGUUUGACCGCUCAGAGGUGUAUGGAUCCAUGCAGAUGUACCUCAGGGAACAGGUUAGGGACCUGUAUGACUUCUUCAGGAAUGAGACGGACAAUUCAAUAGUUCCACCAGCCCACUCAGCACAGCACAACCAGAUCACUGCCAUAGAGGUGGCAUGCUCCAAUGGACUACCAGAGUGUAUAUCCAUGGCUACUAAGAUGUACGCCAGCUGGAUGAAAGGCAAUGACUCUACUAACUACAUCAACCCCAACCUGCGGUCGGUGAUCUACUGCCAAGCUGUGGCUGCUGGUGGGAAGGAAGAGUGGGAGUUUGCCUGGGACAGGUUUCAGAGCUCUAGCGACAUCUCUGAGAAAGAACAACUCCGCAGAGCUCUGGCCUGCACCAAGAAGAUUUGGCUGCUAAACAGAUACCUGGAGUACACUUUGGACCCUGAGAAGAUACGUCUCAUGGAUGUUGCUUCCACCAUCGGAUACAUUGCUGAGAACGUGGCAGGGCAGGCCCUGGCAUGGAACUUUAUCAGAGCACACUGGGAAUACGUCAGACAGGGACACGCAGCCUCACUGAUUUUGGGAGUGACCAGCAGGUUCUCAACACAGUUUGAACUAGAUGAGCUGGAGCGUUUUGCAAAUGAUUAUGAGCUGCGUUCUGCUGCCAGGGCGGUGGAGCAGGCCAUAGAGCAAACCCGAGUGAACAUCCAGUGGAUCAGCGAGAACAAAGAUGCCGUACUAGAAUGGUUUGAGAGAGAAACAUCCUCAUAGAUAGGACAACAAGAAUCUUUGAUCAUUUCUGAGCCUCACAGAUCAGAGAUGCUGAACUCUGCAUCAUCACUAAAUCCACUUUAACAAGAACUAAUUAAGAGCCAGCCUCGCUCUGCUAGGAGUAAAGGGUCUUCAGAGGAAUAAUCAUGCAAUAAGAGCCAAUUUUCUCCAUCAUGCCAAACACUGAUAUAUAGUAUAGUACUAGGAAUCAAUGAGAGAAAUUUGGAACAAGGUGACACUUAGCAGUGUUUAUGUAUAUACUAUUGUGCAUUAUUUAUAUCAUAUUUUAGUGUAAACCAUCAAAGUAUCAUCAUUUUACUGCACUGAUUUUUGCACAUGAUGCUGACUCAGCACCAGACCAUGUUAAUGUGCACUUGUUUUCUGUUUGUUAGUUUGAUUGUUUGAACACUUUCAAAUAAUUUCUGGAAAUAGUUAGGAUUUUCUAUUGCUAAAAUGAGACAGCCAGAUUCUGAUAAUGCCCUGUGGUAUUCGUUUAAUAUGUCAUGAAAAAUCCAACAAUUACAAACCAUACAAAAACAAUGAUUUUUAAAAACUUACUUUGUGGUCAAUUUGGUGUUCAUUAGGAAAAACUAAUUUCUCUGAUAUUACUGAGCAGUAAACUCUUCUUUUACUUGAUGUUUAUGGGAGUGAAGAGUGACUAAAACAAGUUAAUUGCAACAGCUAAAUUAACCAGCAUUUUGAUGUUGCCAAUUUCUUGAACACAGCUUAUUAUUUGCACAAGCCAGAGUCGAAGGACAGAGCUCCCUGGUUGUCACUGGGAGAAGGUCUACAAGUGUAUUAUACCAAAUGUGUUAUAAUCAUGUAAUCAGAUUUCUGUCAUAUUUUGGUAGAUUGUUAUUUUAAUAAAAAAAAAUAUUAACCUGC